GGGGCGCGGGGCGGAGCGCGGCUCCCCCACUGGCGGCGGCGGCGCGGCCCUGUUUGGAUUCAAAGCCGCUAUAAAGGCGCUGCGGAGCGCCGGCCGGGCCGCGCCGCGCCAUGGCCAACCCGUCGCAGUGCCUGGAGGAGGGCGCCGGGCGCUGGCCGCCGCGGCCGCCCGGGCCGUACAGCGAGGCGCAGCGGCUGGCGCUGGAGGAGCUGGUGGCGGGCGGCCCCGAGGCGCUGCGGGCCUUCCUGCGGCGGGAGCAGCUGCCGCCCUUCCUCUCGGAGCCCGAGGUGCAGGCCAUCGCGCGGGGCGCCCUGCCGCCCGCCGCGGCCCCGGAGCCGGCGGGCGAGCCCUCGCCCGGCGCCUCCCUCGACGCCUCCUCGCUCACCUACUUCCCCGAGCGCUCGGACCUGGAGCCGCCGGCGCUGGAGCUGGGCUGGCCGGGCUUCGCCAGCGGCGCCUUCCGCGGGCUCACGCGGGUGGAGGCUCACUUCCAGCCCGGCUGCGGGGAGAGCAUCUACGGCUGCAAGGAGGCGGUGCGGCGGCAGAUCCGCUCCGCCCGGCAGGUGAUUGCCCUUGUGAUGGAUUCCUUCACAGAUAUUGAUAUCUUCAGUGACCUUCAGGAUGCCUAUAACAACCGCAAAGUCCCUGUCUAUAUUCUUCUUGACCAGGACUUUCUACCCCAUUUCUUGGAAAUGUGCAAGAAUUUGGGAGUUUGUCCUGAGCAGGAAAGUCUGAUGAGAGUUCGAACUCUCACAGGGAACACGUACUACAUGAGGUCAGGUGCCAAAAUUGUUGGAAAAGUCCAUGAGAAGUUCAUGUUAAUUGAUGGCAUUAGAGUGACAACAGGCUCCUACAGUUUCACAUGGUCUGAUGGGAAGCUGAACAGCAGCAACUUGCUGCUAUUGUCAGGUCAAGUGGUUGAACACUUUGACCUCCAGUUCAGGAUUCUUUAUGCCCAGUCAAUGCCCAUCAGCCCUAAGAGGCCAUCCAGCUGCAGGAACAGUGGGAUAUUUGAUCACCUGGCAAACAGAAUAGAGUCUCCUAAAGAAGAUACCGUGGAAGGCAACUUGAGAGCAGAAUUCGCCAGAUUGUCUAGUACUCCAAAGAAACUGUUAAAAGAACUAGAACUGGCUGAAGAUACUCCUGGAGGAAAACCUUUUAACUUGGGGCAUUCUUGCCUCUGCGAAGAAGAGUGGUUCAGUGAUCAAGAGGCCAUAGUGGAACAGAAAAGUGCAUCGACUCAAACUGGCCCAUGGGAAGAGAAGCCUGUAGUGACUGUGUGUAAUGCUGCCACGCAGACCAAUGCUGUAAUGGCAGAAUCUGGCACUCAGACUUCUGUCGCUGCUAGAAUGACAGGCACUCAGACUUCAGUUUUGCUGAAGACUGCAGUGACACAGACAAAGGAAGAGGAGUACACGGAAACACCCCUGCUUCACAGAAAGUUGUCAAAAGAAGGAUCAUGUCUCUCUGGAAAGGCUGUAACAAGUUCUAGUCUGCGAUCACUGUCUUCGUCAUCAUCCCAGUGCUCUCUUGCAAGCUCUACCGGCUCACUAUCUUCUCUCCGGUCCUUUGAAUAUUCUACCAGUCACAGGGCAGAGUAUUUCCAAAAACUACAUAAAGAGAGGCAAUUCCACUACUCCACUAUCAGGUCGAAGCUUAGCCACAUGGUGGAUAUCCUAUCCCGGAGGGGACGUGUGCCUGAAAACUACAUGACCCAAUACACUGGAAGAUGCAAUCUAAAACAGAGGCGUGACAUCAGUGCCAGCCUGCGCAGCCUCCGGGAUGUUUCACUCUUUUCGCUGAAUAAAUAAUUACUGCAUUGAAUGCAGAACACAAAAGCUCCAGUCUCAAAUUGCAGUCACUUUGUACCUGCUGAUUCUUCCACUUCCUUCCAGCGCUUUUUUAAUACAUGUGUUCAUCACUCUCCACACUGUUUUAUACUAUGCAAUUUAAGCAAUAAAAAAAGAAGAGGUAUUUAUUUAUACAGUAACUACUUACACGUUCCUCUUAUAUGCAUUAGUGGUGAAGGUUAAUUUUCAUUCUGGAUGUUUAACCUGAAAAGUAAACUUAUUAUUGCUUUCUAGGAUUGCUAAAGCUCUGGCUUUAGUUUAUGUAAACUUGGAAAAAUCUGAGUCAGAGUGCCUUUGGAGAUUUAGCUUAUGUCAAGGUAUACUCAGGUUUUUUUUUUCAAUAUUGGCUUUUAUUUCUAGUUUAUAUUUGGCAUGAGGAGAAACAACUUAUAUAGAGCCAACUAGCUCUGCAGUUUGAUCAUCCUCUCACACCUUUGUGUAGAGACAUAUAUAUAUAUAUUUAUAUAUAAAAAUAUAUACAUAUCCUCAGAAGAGCAUCUUCUUAAAACCAAGACCAGGAAGUAGCAGCGUAACACUCCAAAUAACUAUACCCAUUUUAGGUACAGCCCUGAUGUAAAUGUGUCUAGUAUGUGGAACUAAAUGCUAGACAUAUUGGACCUGUAAGAGUAUUUAUAGGAACGUAUUGCUGCAGUGUUGGGUUUUUUUGUGCUUGUGAGUGGGAGAUGAGGUGAUACCUGGAGUUCAGUGUCUUGCUGCAGCAUACCUGGUGUACUUCUCUUUUGGGAUGACUUCAAAGAACUUUUGUCUCUUGUGCAACUUGUUAAACAGAAUUAAGACCUUUAGUGUUAUUGCUGUAAAAUAAGCUUCCAAUUCUGGCUUGGGCUAGGAACGUCUGAACCAUCUUGCUUCUGCUAAAAGACCUGUAAACGGGUUCCUUCUUUGGAGUGAACUUGGAGGCAAAACAAUCACUGAGGGCAUGUGACAAAGCCCCUGUUCAAAAGUAAACUGACAAAUGCACUACAAAAUGUUAUGGGUUAUGUUUGCUAAUAUUAUUAUAUGAGUGGAAAAAAAAAUCAUUUUUCUCUUUAGACUGUCCUAUCUGAAUUAUUCUCUUCGCUGCUCUGUUUAUCCUUUACCCACUACUAACUUGGUUUGAGGAGCUGAAGUGCCACUCUAGUUUUUGGAAAUACUCUACUUUCAAUAUUAAGUGGAUCUUAGGUUAAGUUGCUUUGCAGAGACAUUACCUGAAUAUUUGUUAGCCAUAUUCUGUCAAUGUACUUGCUGUCUGUGCUUGCUGGAUUGCUUAUCUGAGAAGUGUAUGGAUUCCCUCUCUGAGCUCUGACCUGUAGUGUUGGUCUUCAGGCCUGCACCCUGGUACUUUUAGUGACCAACCAGACUCUGAAUUCUGCCAAGUCAAAUCAGAGUCUAGGUUAUGUAUUUUUGUCUUAUUUACAGGCACGUGUGUCCAGUAGAUGGCACAUUUCAGCUGUUGUCUUGAAUAUUCCUGUAAACAGCAACGAGUGAGUGAAUAAACAGAAAAAUAUCCAAAACUCAAAAAGGCUGCAACUUAAAUGUAGAGAGCAAUGCUAUUCUACUAACUUUAGCAUUUCUACCUCUGAAAUCUAUAUGGACAAAGAGGCUUAGCUAGUUUUAUUGCUUGGAUUUCAAAGCAGCCACUCCUUCCCUAAAGCUGUAAGGCAGAUGUACAAAGAGGUGCAGGUGAGGAGGGAAAAAAAAAAGCUGUCUGCACUUGUUUAAAGAAGAUAAGAUACUUUCUUGCCUGGUCCCUGGAGCUGGAACACUGGGAACGAAGCAAGUUGCAGAGAGGGAGCCAAGAUAUACCUUCAAAGCCAAUCUCGAGUUGUAUUUUCAAGAGCUCGUGUUCAGCAGCGCUUGAAUGUAUGUACAAUCAGCGUGUUUGUUCUCUGUGCUUUUUAACUUUGUUGUGCUGUGCAGCUGUUAUGGUACUCUCACAGGAACAAGGAACAGUUUACAAAUAAACUCCUUUUGCCACGGGGGUUUUCA